AUGUCCAUCUUGAGGAUGGCGAGGUGGCGGUGCUUCAUGCGGCGCAUCAUGCUGCGCACGGUCAAAAUCGGGACCUCCAUGACGGUGCCCAGCUGCGGCUCGUUGGGGUGUGCCAUAACGGUAUAG